AUGCCGGCGGCGGCGGGCGACGGGCUCCUGAGCGAGCCGCCGGGGGUGGCGGGCGGCGGCGGCGAGGCGCGGAGGGCGGCGGCGGCGGGGGCCGAGGGGAGCUUCCUGGCCGCCUGGCUGAGCGCGGCGGCGGCGGCCCCGCGGGAGAGGCUCCGCGACUUCCAGCACACCAAGCGCGUCGGCAACUACCUGAUCGGCAGGAAGCUGGGAGAGGGCUCCUUCGCCAAGGUCCGCGAGGGGCUGCAUGUGCUCACCGGAGAGAAGGUGGCAGUGAAAGUAAUUGACAAGAAAAGAGCCAAAAAGGACACUUAUGUCACCAAGAAUCUACGGCGGGAAGGGCAGAUCCAGCAGAUGAUCCGCCACCCAAACAUCGCCCAGCUGCUGGAUAUUCUGGAAACUGAAAACAGCUAUUACCUUGUCAUGGAGCUGUGCCCUGGCGGCAACCUGAUGCACAAGAUCUAUGAGAAAAAGAGACUUGAAGAGCAUGAAGCACGCAAAUACAUCAGGCAGCUCAUUCUGGCAGUAGAACAUCUUCAUCGGGCAGGCGUAGUUCACAGAGACUUGAAGAUAGAAAAUCUGUUGCUAGAUGAAGACAACAAUAUCAAGCUCAUUGACUUUGGACUGAGCAACUGUGCAGGCAUCCUGGGUUAUUCUGAUCCAUUCAGCACCCAGUGUGGGAGCCCAGCAUAUGCAGCCCCUGAACUUCUGGCAAGGAAAAAAUAUGGGCCCAAAAUAGACGUUUGGUCCAUUGGGGUGAACAUGUACGCGAUGUUGACUGGAACAUUACCUUUUACUGUGGAGCCAUUCAGCUUAAGAGCUUUGUACCAGAAAAUGGUGGACAAAGAAAUGAACCCUUUCCCCACACAACUCUCCACAGCGGCCAUAAACUUUCUACGAUCUCUACUAGAGCCAGAUCCUGCAAAGAGACCAAACAUCCAGCAGGCACUUGCGAAUCGGUGGCUUAAUGAGAAUUACCCUGGGAGAGCACCACCUAAUGUCACAUACCCAAACAGAAUCCACUUGGAGGACCUCAGCCAAAGCGUGCUGCUCCAUAUGACUGAGAAGCUUGGCUAUAAGAACAGCGAUGUCAUCAACACUGUGCUCUCAAACAGAGCAAGUCACACACUUGCUAUCUACUUUCUUCUUAAUAAGAAGCUGGAACGCUACCUGGCAAGCCUUAGAAAAUCUGAAGUCCAGGACAAUAUUUGCCACAAGAACCAGCUAUACCAGAUUGACAAGUACAAGGCAAAUAAAGAAUCCUAUGAGGACAAAAAACUCAGAAAACAAGAAAAGAAAGGGGAUAUUCUUCACCGUCAGCUCCCAAAGAAAACUGAGAAAAGUCCAGUUUCAUAUAGACAGCCUUCUUCCUGUCUUAUCUCACAGAUACAGAACACCAAGGCUCAGCUGAGGGACCGAAAAGCUACCAAGGCUGGAGGUGCUGAGAAAGACUCCACCAGUGGGCUGAGCCCCUUCCACGAGCCCUUGGCGACCAAGGCCAGCUGCAUCACCUCCAGCUCCCUGGAGUACCUGGAGGCCCAGCAGCCGCUGCCCAGGACCCCCCGGCUCCUGAAGAGGCAGGAGUCCCCACAGCAGGAGCCAGCGCGGGGUGGGGGCCGGGCCAAGGACUCUCCCCUCAUCCUGAACAUUGUGCACUCCUUCGAGUCCGUUGACAGAGAGGACCAAACAGACCAGGUCUCCCCCUCCCACCAGUACAAGAUUUUAGGCUCACCGAUGAAUUUUCCUUCCAAAAGCUCGAGUGAAAGGACACUGUCCCCGCUUUUUCAACCAGGAAGUACAUCCCCCAUCCACCCCAACCAGGUCUCUUUUACAUACGAAGAAAAAGCAUAUCCCACCAAGGAAGAAGCUGUGUCCCCUACUCAGCUGGUUUCCAACAACCCGUUGGGCAGCCCCAACUGUGUUAAAAGCAGGGGCAGGUUCCCCAUGAUGGGGAUCGGACAGAUGCUGCGGAAGAGGAACCAGGCGAUGCAGUCGAUGGGCGACAAACCGCUGGAAGCACGGAUGCCUCAGCUGCAACAGAUGAGCCCCACGCAGAUCACGUUCAAUGCAGAUGCUGUCAGCGGCCAGUGUUAGUCUGGCAGGCCAGGAUUUGUAUUUCUGUUGUCUGCGACCCAGCCUUUUUUAUUUUUAAAAAGAAGGGAAAGCCACAGGCAUGUCACCAUCUCUACAUAAUACAGUGCAGUGGUCCAGUGUAGAAAAUCAGAGGUCCAUUUGUAAGGAAGGGGUUGUCCUAUGUAUUAAAGUGAAAAGAAGAGUGCUCUGCUUGUGCUGUUAAGAAAUAUUAGCAUUAGGCAUCAGACUGUACAGUAAAACAUGUCUUGAAAAAGCCACAUCAAUAUGUAUUUUCACUGCUCAAAGUCUCUUAUUGUAGUAAAGUUAAUUGGAAGAGCAACGAGCAUUACCAGUGUGAUUCAGCAAGGUGAUUGGCGUGGUGCUGUGAGUGCUGGUCCCAGCUGGGGCCAUGGUAAGGCUACCCAUGCUCCUUCUGCCCAUGCCAGGCAGUACGCUGUCCUGUUACAGGCAUCAUUCAAGGGGAAAAACUCAAGAUGCCAUUUCCAAAAUCAACUUGCUAAAAAGCACUGCCAGGGAGAUGAAGUUUGUAGAAGCUUUAAUCAAGACAUGCGCGAUCUAAACAUUCAGGAAAAGUGGGACUAAUGAAAGUCAAACUAGAUCUUACUGUUUAUUACAUAAAGUAGCUAGUAAUGGCAUCAUUUGUUCCUAAGGAAAAUGAUAAUUUAAUCAUUCAGAAGGAACAUGAUUAUUCAAAAACAAGGCUCAUCACAUGACAAUUAACUGCACUGAAGGCCUGUUCCUUUCAUGUAAUGGGUUUACAAGUGGAUACUUUAGUCAAUGAUCCCCAUUGCCACACGCUGUGUUUAGGCAAUCAGGUCUCCUCCAAUUUUUGUAGCUGUACUAUUUCCAUUCCUGUGUGCAGGUUUGCACUAGCCCCUAUUGCAGUUACACAGCACCUGAAGGCUUUUCUGAGAGACUGCAGUGAGUUGAAGAGACUCAUAAAGGACACACAAACCUAUACCAAUGCCGUUUUAUACUACAAGAUCGGUUAUGUGGUGGUUACCAAAAAUUUGGUAUUGUUACGAGCUGUGAAGAUUAAGUUUCUUAAAAAGCAACAUGUUCUGCAUACUGGUCUUGUUUUUCUAAGUAAAUGAUCUGAGAGGCUGGCAACAUUUUUGGUUCUGUUUUUGUGUUUCACACCAUUUCCUAUAAACUAGAAGAUUUAGCCAAAGACUACACUUUUCUAUUGUGUGUACUGUGCUUGCAUAUGUGUUUGUGUAUAUGGGACAUCUCAGCAAAGCUCAUACUAAUCUGGUUCCCCCAUAGGCGCCCCAUUGCUGCCCACCCACUUCAUGUCAUUCUGCAAACAAGACAGCAGAAGCAUUGCCCUGCUACUGGGGCUGCUGGCGAAUAGAGGGAUUUUGCAUCAGAUUGUCAUAGAAUCACAGAAUCACAGAAUGGUUUGGGUUCGAGAGGAGCUCAAA